AUGGCAGAAAAAGAAAAGACGCAAAGCCAAUCCGUCGCGGUUCUCCGUACUUACGACCAGCCGACGCCAAAAAAAGAAACCAGUCGAGCCCCGUUUGGAGCGUUCGUCGGCUCAGAGUGGUUCCUGCGUUUUCUAGUUUCUUGGUUCCCGGCCACGCAGAGGAAUGAGGAGACCGCGAAUGAGCAUGAGGCCGGUCUUCCUUCGGCGGAUGAGUACUCCGUCAGUCUGAUGGACACGAGUUCGGAACUGUUGCGAACUUCUUUGGUCAACCUCUACUCUGUCCACUCUAUCGGAGUCCUCCCCCUGCCCCUACGGACUCCCCAAGGACUCCCCAAUGAUGCCCCCCUGUCCCUUUCCCCUGAUGAGCUCUGCUUUCUCUACGGUCGCUCGCGGGAGGCCAAUCGGAGUGCGUCCCCUUCGAGCAUUGCGCGUCCAUUCUUGAUUCCUAGUGCCCACCACGAUCGGCCACCCCCUGGUGUGGUGGACGGGUCCUUGACCAUCUGCCGCGCCGACUGGGCUCCAGGUUCCAAGCUUCUGCGGUCAGCUCCCCUGUCCGGCCUAGUCAUCCUCUGUCGGUCCGGUUCCUGGCCGUCAGGUCGAAUGGCUGUGGGAAUGGCUAUGGGAAUGGCACCCACCACACGGGGAAACGCAAGCGCAAAGGCAUCAGCGGGGCUACUGCCUGAGGGUGAGAAUUAUGUGCAGCAGAGUCGUCAUAACGAGGUCAUGCUCGGUAGUAGUCCAGACUACAGAGGUCACUAUACACCCCGUCGAGGGGUACUCUGGACCGCAUGGACGCCAACGGGGAUCGCACGAGCAGUUUCAAGAGUGACGGACCCAGUUCACGUGCCUCGUGGUCGCCUCGCCACUCUAUCUGAUACGACGGUUGCUCGCCCCCUGCAGAUUCGCCCUCCUCAGUACGAGUCAUAG